UUGGGGUUCAUUAUUUUUUAUUCUUUUCCACAGGUUAUAUAAAAGUUUGAGUACCCUAGUCUCGAGACUCUCGACAGCUGAUUGGGAUUCCACCCGUAAGCACGAAGCUAAAAUUGUUCGUUUCGCAGUUUCUUCGAUAUUGAAUUUGAUAUUCACUGAAAACCUUCUAAAUUGCUCAACUGUGAUCCAAAUGGCCGACAAAGAUAUUUCCCCUGAAAUCCGUCCGGAAGAUGGAGCAGCGGACGCUGCGAACGGACCCAGCGAGUCAACCAGUAAAAUUGUGUCGGAAGAGGUUGAGGAUGAACUGGACGAGUUGGCUUUGGACGAGCCUCGAGAAGCGGCAAAGAAGAAAAAGAAGAAGAAAAGUAAAACCAAGAAGAAAAAAGAACCACUUCAGCAAACUGAUCCGCCAUCUAUUCCUGUUGGUGAGCUUUUUCCAUCUGGCGAGUUUCCAGAGGGUGAAAUUCAACAGUACAAGGACGAUAACGUAUGGAGAACUACAUCUGAGGAAAAGAGAGAACUGGAACGACUUGAGAAACCACUUUAUAAUGCAGUUCGCCAAGCAGCAGAGGUCCACCGUCAGGUUCGACAAUACAUUAGGAAAAUUUUGAAGCCUGGAAUGUUGAUGACCGACUUGUGUGAGACCUUGGAGAAUACAGUUCGUAAGUUAAUAUCGGAGAACGGUUUGCAAGCUGGCAUUGCAUUUCCUACAGGCUGCUCAUUGAACUGGGUUGCUGCCCAUUGGACUCCAAAUACUGGGGAUAAAACUGUGCUUCAGUACGAUGAUGUGAUGAAACUGGACUUCGGAACUCACAUUGAUGGUCAUAUAGUAGAUUGUGCGUUCACUGUGGCAUUCAACCCUAUGUUCAAUCCUCUGCUCGAAGCUUCACGUGAAGCUACGAAUACGGGUAUAAAGGAAGCUGGAAUUGAUGUUCGUCUGUGUGAUGUGGGUGCUGCAAUACAAGAGGUCAUGGAGUCGUAUGAGGUUGAAAUCAAUGGAAAGGUGUUUCAGGUGAAGAGUAUUAGAAAUUUGAAUGGUCACAGUAUCGGGCCCUAUCAAAUACACGCGGGAAAAUCUGUCCCGAUAGUCAAAGGAGGAGAGCAAACAAAAAUGGAAGAGGGUGAAUUUUAUGCAAUUGAGACUUUUGGAUCCACAGGGAAGGGAUAUGUUCGAGAAGACCUUGAAUGCAGCCAUUACAUGAAGAACUUUGAUGCCGGUCAUGUCCCACUACGUUUACCCAGAGCCAAACAACUUUUGGCUACUAUUAAUAAGAACUUCUCAACAUUGGCUUUCUGCAGACGCUAUCUGGACCGCAUUGGAGAAACCAAGUAUUUGAUGGCACUAAAGAAUUUGUGUGAUGCUGGUAUUGUUCAGAGCUUGAAAUUUGUGCAAACUUGGCAGCCAUACCCUCCUCUUUGUGAUAAUAAGGGCAGCUAUGUUUCUCAAUUUGAGCACACAAUUUUGCUUCGCCCAACAUGCAAAGAAGUUGUGUCAAGAGGGGACGACUACUGA